CGCCACUCGUCGCCGGUGGCCGCAGACAGGGACAGGGAGAGGGGAGGAGAGGGCUGCCGUUUGUUGGAAACUUUCUUUGAAAGUAGAAAAAUAGUGCUCUAAAAUGGGAACCCGGGAUGAUGAGUACGAUUAUUUGUUCAAAGUUGUCCUAAUAGGAGACUCCGGAGUGGGGAAGAGUAACCUGCUGUCCCGUUUCACAAGGAAUGAGUUCAACCUGGAGAGCAAGAGCACCAUCGGGGUGGAGUUCGCCACCCGCAGCAUCCAGGUGGAUGGCAAGACGAUAAAGGCUCAGAUCUGGGACACGGCUGGACAGGAGCGCUACAGAGCCAUCACCUCAGCGUAUUACCGGGGCGCUGUUGGGGCCCUCCUAGUUUAUGACAUUGCCAAGCACCUGACGUACGAGAACGUGGAGCGCUGGCUGAAGGAGCUGAGGGACCACGCCGACAACAACAUCGUCAUCAUGCUGGUUGGCAACAAGAGCGACCUCCGCCACCUCAGAGCCGUGCCCACUGACGAGGCUCGAGCCUUUGCAGAAAAGAACACUCUCUCAUUUAUUGAAACAUCAGCCUUGGACUCCACAAAUGUAGAAGAAGCCUUUAAGAACAUUCUGACAGAAAUCUACCGCAUUGUAUCACAGAAGCAGAUAGCUGACAGAUCUGCACAUGACGAGUCUCCAGGCAACAAUGUAGUGGACAUCAGCGUCCCCCCGACCUCCGACGGGCUGAAGGGCAACAAACUCCAGUGCUGCCAAAGCCUGUGACACUCAUCUUUGCGCUCCCCGUCUUACUCCUCCCAGUCUCCCCUCCCUUCAUCUCUGCUUUACUCCAAGUGUCAUGUUGCUGUUGUCUUUAUACCUCCACGUGUUUAGAAGUCUCUCAGUUGCCAGGACUUUUCUAGUCAACAUUCCUUUUUGUUUUCUGCCUUUCUUGUUUGUUUGUUUGUUUGUUUGUUUGUUUGUUUGUUUCAGUUGUCUUCCAAUCCCAGAAGAGCCUGUUUCUAUGUAACUUUUCUAUGCAGCCUCGUGAUGACAUGGAGAGGAAGAAAGAGCUCAACUAUUAUGGGGCUGAUCUCUGAGCUAUAGUCAACCUUGUUUUCUUUUUAACUGACUAGCCUAUAUGGCCUUGAUCAUGUGACCCACUCCCGCUGAAGGAGUGGUGAGGGAUCAGUAGGGCUGUGUGUCAUUGCUCUAAGUUGUUUCCAUUCGCCUCCUUUUCUCCACCUGCACUGAUGCUGACUUGUUGACACUCUGUCAAGGGGGAGUCCUAAUUUGAUUUCUGGCUAAUCUAAUUCUCACGCUGUGUGAGACCAGUGAAGAAGAGGAGACACGGGAAGGAGGUAGCUUCGGAGUAUUGAUGUGCACCCUUAGUCUAGAAGUUCCGGUUGCCUCUUAAAUGAUCCUUUCUGAGCCCUGUGCCCGGUGUGGCAUGAAACGAGCAUGAGCCAGGGACCUGACCGAUAGAAACUUUCUAACUUUAUAUGAAAAAGUGUGAAACAGUUUCUGUUGAUUUAUUUUAAUCUAUGUUAAUCGUAGUGCAUAAAGAUACCAAAGGAGAUAAAAAUGCAAUCAUUGUCAGUGCUCAGCUAUCUCACUGAAGUUGUUCCAGGCUGCUCACCUUGCCUGACAAACCAUCACAGUUACUUGGAAAAAUGCAUCACACCAUAUAGCAAGGUUAUGAUUAAUUUGUUAAAUUGUGAUGUGAUAAGCAAUUAUGUCAGCCUGCAACAAGCUCUAGUUCCUCUUGUGUUGGCUCAGGCCAUGACCUCUUUAGGAUUUUUUUUUUUUUUUUUUUUUUUUUUUUGGAAAGAAAACCUAUGUAAUUUUUUGCACUUAUGUCCAUUAAUUUCAACAGAGCAUAUCACCGCACUGUUUUAGCAAGUCACUCUGUAUCAUUAAUACCUAACAGUUUGUGGUUGGUUGUGAAGGCAAGGGUGUUUGUUUGGAAAUUCCCUGUUGGCUGCUGUUAAACGGUUUUCUUAGUUUCUCUCACUGUCAUUUGUAUCUAAUAGUUGCAAGGGGAAUGAAUGGAUAUGGGUAUUUACAAGAGAAGAGCAUUUCCAAUGCAAAACUGGAACAAUGAAAAUAUGCUUUACCUAACACUUUGAGAAACCCAGCCACAUAAACAGCUGUUGGUUCAGCUAUUGGAUUGAGGAGCAGAAAAAAAAAAAAAACAGUUUAUGGUUUGGCUGAAAUGCCUUGUGUGUCUUGUGUGGUAAAAAUGCCUUUUUUUCUGUGUGAUUCAUACUAUACCUAAUGUUUUGUGACAUUUCCUGUUUGUUCAAAAAUACAUAACUAAAAUCCGUUUUGCUGCCUUUACGUCACAUACAGAAAUACCUAAUCAUAAAUAAACCUAAUCCACAUGG